AUGUCAAGGUCGUCAGGGUUAGACACCCAACCCGAGCCCCGGCCGGAAAACACAGGGCUCGGAAUCCUCUCGUUCACUCCGGCCCGUCUUCGCAACAGAGCGAUGACCAUCGAAGACUUCAGCAUCUCCUCAGUGGAAGGAUCGAAGCCGUCCUACCAAAGCGAAGAAUACGCAAUGCGUGAGGACUGGGAAACCGUCACAUGGGUGUUUUCCGACAUUCUCCAGAGUCUCCUGGCCAAGGAAAAGGAGAACCUGCCGGUGGUGCUCACCAAGGGCCAACAAUUGAUCAAAAUGUUGGUGGACCAUCCGAACCUCAAACACGAGAUUGUGCUUGAAAACGUGAUGCUGCGGAUCCUGUUCAUGCUCUACGAUGCCAAACCGCUGCUCCGCCUGACUGCGUACCGGAUCUUGCGCCAUGUUCUCGCGGGAAGGGAAACGGUGGCUCAGUUGGUGCAACUGAAGCUCUUGGUGAACAUCACGCUCUCGUUCCUGACCCAAACGCCCGAGAUCGAGAAGUUGGAGGCCUUGAAGCUUGUGCGGGCAAUCGCGGAUAUUCCUGAGGGCGCUAGCCAUCUUUCUGUAGGCGUGAUAAAAGCAUUGGUGGUCCUAAUAGAGCACGAGGGUGAUGAGAGCUCUUCUCCGUCUGCGCUGGAGCUCCGCCCUCUGAAGACGUCGUCCUAUUCGCUACUGAACGGCUCGCCCGCUUCGCUUCUUUGUAAAAUGUGUGUAGAGACGCUCUGUGAGCUACUUCUUUUAAAUCCUGAGUUGGUGUUCCAAGGCGGAGGAGUGCGGUUGUUGAUCAACCUCAUCGUCUCUGCGCUGUCAGAGGUUUCUGCCACGUGCGUGCUCACGCUCUUAUCGGUUCUCGACCUUCCACAAGCCCGCAUUCUUCUUCGUGGAGGUUCUGACCUAGACUCACUCUUCUCGGUAUUUGACAUGUUCGAGGAUGAUGAUUCGCUCGGGACAGCGCACGAGAGUGCGAAAUUACACAAGCGCGCCAUGGACAUGGCGUUUCUUCUCUCCGUGCUCAUGAAGACCUGGACUGGUAUUCUUUUCUUCUGUCACGAUGAUCUCUCGGGCUUCAAACUCCUUUUAAUGAACCUCAAAAAGAAGAACUCCCGCCUACGCUCGAUCAUAAUGGAUCUUCUAAUGGACGUCUUGCGUCUCAAAGUCGUGCCUUGGCUCGAGAGCUCUAAGUUGGGCUCCAUCAUUAAACGCUUCACUCUGUUCAUGGAAAAUAACCAUCUGAACAAUACUUCAACCACAUUUGAGUACAUUCAGUUGGCCACUAGGACGACGGAAGGGAAUAUUCUAGCUCACCAUAGGGGCUUGAUUUUGAAGAUCCUUAUCAAUUGCAAUAUUCGGCAGUUGCUUUUAGUCAUCCUCAACGAGGAAAAAGACCAAGCGAUCAUUGACCAGGCUACAUUCCUACUAACAAAAAUAUAUGAGAUGGCCGUCGACUACCUACCUCCUGAGUUCUAUCGGGAUUCCUUGCUUGGCUCUGCGGAUGAGCCCAUUUCCAUCAACGCAAUAACGCAGAUUCAGUCGACAACUUAUGCUCAGAUGCCCAAUAUCCCAAAAUCAAAGCGUACUGUGAUUCGAUCACACGUUCGCGAAAUGGCUCAGGAGCAUCGUAUCAAUUUGAACGAUUCUGCGUUCAAGGGUCUUCUCACAACCUCCAAAACAUUACACAUGAAGGAGUUCAUUGAUUGGAAUUGGACUAGUCUCUCACAGUUAUUCCAGGGCCCAAUCAGGAACCCACAAAGAUUUGCGGAAAUACAGGAAAAGGCCCCAAAGCUUCUCAAAACAUUCUUUUCAUUUCUUCGCCCUUUCAAAUAUCGCUUUGGUCAGAUUCCUCUUCAGUAUUCACCCAAGUAUCCAACGCUCAAGAAUCCCAAAAUUGUCAUCUAUGUGGCUAGUCAACUCAUAGAGUCCCUUCUCACCUUUGAUGAAGGUACUCAGUACCUCGCUUCGACGAAAUUAAUGGCUCAACUCGCCGAGAUACUAGCACAGGUUGACCCUUUCAGCGGCAUAACCUCUGACGAUCCAAUUCUAUCGGAGCUACGUUUGACUUCUACCCUUUCGAUCGGGUACGUAAAAUUCUUGGGCAUUCUAUCUGGCUCAUGGAACGGAAUUGGCAUUUUGGAACAGUGGCAGCUCCUCCAUUUGAUGAACGACAUAGUUGAAAGCAGUGCCACGAUAGAGACCAACAACCACCUUAUUUUCAAUUUGCUCAACAAUCUCAAUUAUUCUCUAGACAGUCCUGUACGGCUUCUUCUAGCAAAAGCUAUGGACGUGUCGAAUUUGCGAAUCAAACUCUUCGUCCUAAACCAAGUUUUGCCUCCGUUGCUUUCCAAAAGUGAGACAGAACUCUUUGUUAUUGACAUAUUGGUGAGUCUCUUGUGCGAUGAAAAUCACGACGUUGUCACGCUAGCAAUAGAAGCAUUGUUUGAUUUUUAUAUUGUGAAUGAGAAUACUAGCAAAAUGGACGUUCUCGUUGAUUCGCAGCCCAGCGUUCUUGUAUUAGAGAAGAACAGGCAUGGGUCUGAAUUGCUCUUACAUUUUUGCAAGACAUCGAAAGGAUUCAACUAUCUCAAGAGGCUCGGUUACAUAGAUCAGAAGUUCAACGACUGUGUUAAGCAAUUACGCACCUUUGAGUAUCUUGACCAGAUGGAGAACACGAUUCAACAAGUUUUCUAUCCAUAUCUCGAACUCAGCCAGAGGACCAAAGAUCUGCGCCACUUUUUCCAUUAUUUAGCUUCCACAGAGGAGGGCUGUGCCUUCUUCAAGCAUCACUUGCAACUAUUGGACAGUAUACUUCAAACAAUUCGAAAUCUCAGCGUGAAACUUGGGAUAAUCGAGGGUGAAACCAUACCAAAGCUCAUCAAAUCCCCCAUUGCCUCGUCAAUGACGCUUCAGAGCUUGAAUACAACUGACAGCGAGGACGGACGUGAAUACGCAGAAGUGUUUCAGGAUGAAGAUGGAUCCUUCCACCAGAGUCGAAGUGAUAUCAACAUUCGGCUCAACGAGUCAUCCUUGGAAGCCAACGCAGACUCUGCUGCCGACGAGAGAGAUUACCAAUUGAAGCAGUUGAAGCAGAAUAUGUGGAUAUUGGGAGAAAUUGCAUCGGCGGAGUAUGGCUUUCAGCUUUUGGACCCGUCGUACAGUAUCUUCAUCACCGAGAAGCAUAUUGCAGAGGUAAUCGUGACGAUGUUCAAUACUGCCAGCCACUGGCAGUUUCGCGGGCUAGCAUUCUUUUUGCUUGGAAUGAUGGCCGCUACAGAGGAAGGCGUGGAGAUUCUUGACGAGCUCAAUUGGGUUUCUGUCAAUUCAACAACCAACGCUUCCAUUUCACUCGCAUAUCCAGCGACAAUGCAAAAUGGUUUCUUUCUCAGCGAAAAGACGAGUAUUCUGUCCUUUGACGACGAACUGAUCUUGCGAUUGCAGAACAAUUUAUACGUGGACGAGGAUAUUAACUUUGAAAGCAACCAAGAAAUGGACAACAAGGUUUUGACCCUCAUCAAUUAUCUCAGCUCUAUUUUGGGACGCAUAGAGCGCAAAGCUCGCGAGGAGUUGACUAAGCUCAAGACCGAGCAUCCCCUGGUCUUUGACAACGCCAAUCUCUUUCUCAAGGUGGUCAAUCUUGUCGAGAAAGGCAGCUUCAAAUACCGGAUCCGAGUGUUUGUUUUCGGGUUGUUCGAUUCGCUCGCCAUUCUCGAGGAUUUGGUCAAGCGCAAACGGAAAAACUCGUUCAUGAAGCGGCAACCAUAG